AUGCGCCUUGGUAAGCUGCUGCUGCUGUCGAAUCUGCUGCUGUUACUGCUGCUGCUGCUGACUCUGCUGCAGUUGUUGCCGUUGCUGCUACUACGCUGCCAGUGCUGCAGUAUAGACACAGGGAGGCCGUUUCCCUAUAAGCGAGUUCACCGUAUAGAGCAGCAAUGCUUGCAUAUGCUGCUGCUGCUGUUGCUGCUGCCGGGGCUGCUGCUGCAUGCAGGAUUCGCUGUUACUCAAAAAGACUCCGAAGUGCCAUGGGGACCUGAAGCCUCCAUAGAAACUGUUGUCAGGGAAACGCUGCUAAGUGGACGCAUCAGCACAGGCUUGUUGUGGCUGCAGCAGCAGCUGCAGCAGCAGCAGCACCGUGUAUCUGCGAUGGACCUUCUGCAGCAAGUGGCUAACCGAAUGGCCUAUAGGCUUUUCUGCUGCCAGCAGGCGGAGCUUUUCUUCGUGGGGCUGCAAAUGCUGCGCCAAAUCGGGGCGGACAUUCCAGGUUUCUGUCUACGAGCUGCACUGCUGACAACGCGCACGCCUGUCCGCUGCCGUUUGCUGCGACACCUUUAUCACCAGAAGCAGCUGCAGCCUGCGCACAUGAAGCUGAUCCGCAUUAUGCAGGUCCUGGAGCUGCUCUUUACGAAUCCUUCCUACGAUGCUGAGCUGGCCAGGAGAUAUUCCUCCAUAGCAGCAGCAGCAGCAGACGCAGCAGCAGCAGACACAGCAGCAGCUGCGCGAGCAGGCACAGGGGCCGCUGCAACAGAGGAUGAUGCAAGUUGCGUGGCACUCCCAACUGAAGGUGCUAGCAGAGACACAGCAAGAGAUAUGCUGAGCUUGGGCAGCAGCAGCAGCAACAGCAGCAACAGCAGCAGCCAGUUCCCUACUGCAGGUGCAGAUGCUCCAGAGGACUGCUGGCCCGCCGGGGGCAGCGCAGCCAUCAUUGCUGGGGCGCUGUGUGAGGGCUAUGUUUCGCUGCGAGUACGGAGGCAAAUUCUGCAGCAGCAGCAGCAGCAACAGCCGCAGCAGCAGACACAGCAGCACACGACGCUCGGCGACAGAAGCUUCUUCACAGGGUGCAGCAAAGCUGAGGCGGCAGAAGCGCCUCCUGUUUUCACUCCGGAAAGAUACCCCAAAGAGGCUCUCAGGGUACAGACUCCUUGGUGCUGUUGCUUUGCUGCAGCAGCCGCUGCUGCUCAUGACCUCGCGGAGUGCUGCUUCUCGGGUUUCGCGGCUGCUGCUGCUGCUGCUGCUGCUGCCCAGAGCUGUAGCCGAGACUGCAGCGUUGGCGAUGAAGGGCUGCAUCCGCAGCAGCAACUGCUGCAGCAGCAGCUGCUGCUGUCCCAGGGCCCGGGCGGCAGCAGUGCAACACUCCACGGAGGGCGCAAGUGGAAGGCCGCAACUGAAGUAGAGGCUGAUGUGCUGCAGCUGCACCAAGCAGCGACUGCUGCAGCAGCGGACUCUCACCAGCAGCAGCAGCAGCAGCAACAGCACAGCUUCCUGUUGCGGGCGAAUCUCAGGCAAGGCGCAGCACAGACACAGCAACAAACCAGAUAA